AUGGUGUCUAGGUUUUGGAUAUCGUGUGCCUCUUCUCUCAUCUUCUUCCUCGCCGUCUCAAGUGCUCCGACGAAUGAACAUUCCGUCCAAGGUCAACUCUUCGACGUCAGAAACUACGGUGCUGGCGUAGACGGCAGAAGAAACAACGCCUUUGCGUUUGCAAAAGCGUGGAAGGCAGCUUGUCAAUGGAGUGGAGGAAGAUCCACGGUCUAUGUUCCUCCCGGAAGAUUCUAUCUCCAUCAAGUGACGUUCUCUGGUCCUUGCAAAGGUCCAGUAACCUUCCUAAUCAAAGGAACUUUAUUGGCUCCUCGGAGUCCCAACGCCUUCAAACGCGAUGCAUGGAUCAUAUUUCAGUACGUCGACUAUCUCACCGUCACCGGUGGAGGAUUACUUGACGGUCAAGGAUCCUACUCUUGGACUCUUAAUGACUGUCACAAAAGCCCUAGGUGUCGUCCACUAGCUAUGAGCAUCGGGUUUGCGUUCGUUAAACACUCGAAGAUCAACGGUCUACAUUCGAUCAACAGCAAGAUGGGACACUUCAACUUCUUCUCAGUCGAGGAUUUUAACGUUACCGACGUCACCGUCACCGCUCCCGGAAAUAGCCCUAAUACCGACGGAAUCAAGAUCGGUAAAUCUAAGGAUAUGCAUAUUACCAACGUCACAAUCGGAACCGGUGACGAUUGCAUCGCAAUCCUUGACGGAACUUCUAAUUUGGUUAUCUCUGAUGUCAGGUGCGGACCAGGGCACGGGAUAAGUGUUGGGAGCCUUGGAAAAUAUAGUGGAGAGAAGAACGUUGAGGGCUUAACCGUAAGAAACUCGGUUUUCAACGGUACAACCAUCGGUUUACGGAUCAAGACAUGGGCUAAGUCGAUUUCGACGAUCACGGUUUCAAACUUCUUGUACGAGAAUAUCCGGAUGAUCAAUGUCGGAAACCCUAUCGUCAUCGAUCAGCAGUAUUGUCCACAUGGGCUUUGCGAUAGUCCUGGAAAGUAUGCUUCUCAUGUUCAGAUCAAAGACGUCAAGUACCACAAAAUUUGGGGAACUUCGACGAGCAGAGAGGCUUUGAAGAUGCAGUGUAGUAGAACGUUUCCUUGUCAAGGCAUUGUGCUCUCAGAUAUCAACCUAAGCUACAAUGGAAGAGACGGUUUAGUCACGGCUUUGUGUGAGAACGUUCGUGGUUCGGUUUUUGGCAAGAAUGUGCCUGAUAAUUGCCGGAUGUUAUGA